GCUCGAGGGCCCGCACGGGAGGAGGGGGGGUGCGGGGGCCGGCCCGCCUUUCCCGCCGCGCCGCCCCUUCCGUUGCGGAGCCCUCAUUGCUCGAGCGCCGUUAGUCCCCCGCCUCGCGGCAGCGCUCCCCUUCUCUGCCCGCUCCGAGCCUCGCUGAACACCAUGGCCACCGUCAAGGAGAAGCUGAUCGCCCCCAUUGCUGAGGGAGCCAAGGUCCCCAACAACAAGAUCACCGUUGUGGGGGUUGGACAGGUUGGGAUGGCCUGUGCCAUCAGCGUCCUUGUGAAGGAACUUUGUGAUGAGCUUGCUCUGGUUGACGUUUUGGAAGACAAACUAAAAGGAGAGAAGAUGGAUCUACAGCAUGGGAGCCUGUUCCUUCACACUCACAAGAUUGUGGCAGACAAAGACUAUGCUGUCACAGCCAACUCCAAGAUUGUGGUAGUAACUGCAGGGGUUCGUCAGCAAGAGGGGGAGAGUCGCCUCAACCUGGUCCAGAGGAACGUGAACGUCUUCAAACACAUCAUUCCUCAGAUUGUUAAGCAUAGUCCCAACUGCACCAUCCUGGUGGUUUCCAACCCAGUGGAUAUAUUAACUUAUGUCACAUGGAAGCUGAGCGGCCUGCCGAAACACCGUGUGAUCGGAAGUGGCUGCAAUCUAGACACAGCAAGAUUUCGCUAUCUGAUGUCCGAGAGGCUCGGUAUCCACCCCAGCAGCUGCCAUGGCUGGAUUUUGGGAGAGCACGGUGACUCCAGUGUGGCUGUUUGGAGCGGAGUUAACGUGGCCGGCGUUUCUCUCCAGGAGCUCAAUCCUGCCAUGGGAACUGACAAAGAUGCCGAGAACUGGAAGGAAGUCCACAAGCAAGUGGUUGACAGUGCCUAUGAGGUGAUCAAACUGAAGGGCUACACCAACUGGGCUAUUGGCCUCAGCGUUGCUGACCUCUGUGAGACCAUGCUGAAGAACUUGUGCCGGGUUCAUUCCGUCUCAACGCUGGUGAAGGGCAUGUAUGGUGUUAAGAAUGAUGUCUUCUUGAGCCUUCCUGCCGUCUUAAGUGCCUCUGGGUUGACAAGUGUCAUUAACCAAAAGCUGAAGGAUGAUGAGGUGGCUCAGCUGAAGAAGAGCGCGGAUACUCUGUGGAACAUCCAGAAAGACAUCAAAGAUCUGUAACUCGUGAAUGUUAGAUUCCAGCAAUACAUGUUGUGUGCAAACGUACAUCUCUGUGGUAAACAUACCAUGCUCUUCCAGACUGAGCUUUGUCCACCCUAGUUAAAGUGUUGCUUGUUGUAACGCACAGACCUUAUGAACAAAUAUAGCAACGUUGUCAUG